CGAGGGAUAACAGCGGCAGUGAGAAAAAACUUUAAAUGUUUCCUAUUUCAGUUAAAUGACAUUUGUUAAUAUGAGGGCCUGUGGAUAAAUGAGUUAAAGCUUUACAACAUUUGGGCAAGAUGACGCAGAACAUGUUUCAGGAGGGGCUGUACCAGGUGUUUUUUAAAGAGACACCCACAACCCGCCCACUGACCCAGGUUACCAAUCAGGGGGAGCUAGUCAAUGGCAGGAUUCAGCGUUGGUUUGGGGCUGUAGUGAACACCAGACUGUUAGUCGCUGGGGUGGUGCAGAUCCUCAGUGCCUUAGCUUGCAUACUAACCACAGUCAUUCAUGCAUGUGUGAGCUACAACUGCUCUGUCUCCAUGACAACACCAGUGUGGUCAAGCCUAUUUUAUGCGGCUGCUGGGUGUCUGGUAGUGGAGGUGCAGAGGAAAGCCAGUAAAUUAAAGAUUAUCUCAUUGAUGGUUCUGAACGUCUUUACUCUACUGUUGGGUUUCUCUGCUCUCCUGGCCAAUAGCCUCAGGUCUACACAUCCUGUCGCACUCAACACAAACCAACAGCGUGUUGGUUCAUAUGUUGCAAAGGGGAGCUCCAUAGCAUUUACUGUUCAGUGUUUUCUGGCAUCAGUCUACAUUCUUUUCCUGUCGGGGAGAGGCCUACGUCGCUACAGUCAGCCCCAUAUUCAGGCCUACAGCCGCCUCUCACAGGAUCCGGACGGGCCUCUACUGGAACAAGGGGAAUUCAGUCUGUGAAACUGAAAGACUUGAAAUGACACUCCUGUUUUGUAAACUCAAGUUACUGUUGUUGAUCAGGGUCUGUAUGGUUGGUAUGAAUAGCUUAUACAAUCCUGAUUGUGGAAAUUGUUUUCGUUAUUGUGAAAUUAUAUGUCACCUGACUAAUGGCUCAGUAUCGCUUCUCCUUUGGGAUCCCCAAAAACUUUCCAACAGCAAAGUUAAAACCUAAAAAUGAAAAACAGCUUGUUAAACAAGUAAUGGUGUAUACAACACACAGCAAUGAUUUAUUAAAUUGUAUUAAACCCUAACUGAAAAUAUAUGCAUAUUUUUUGAGUUGAGCAAUCUCACUGCUCUGUGGUGAACACUAGAGGGCAGCAUUGCCAGUGAUUUGACAUGUUGUACAGGCUCAUCCACAAAUCAACAUAUUCUGUUUAGUGCAAGAACAGAGAAUGCACUUUAGUUGCAACAAUUUGAAUCAGGAUGAGACAUAAAACAUACUGAAGAGACUUCUGGUUAGGCAUUGCUAUGAGGAUAUACAGUAUAUUGUACAUCAUGUGUGGCAUGUAUAUAUAUGUAAGUGUGGUUGAAAUGUCGGUAAAGCUGGAUGUGUGGUCAUCUUCUCUUCAGAAUAUAAACAUUGUCAGGGAGGAGGCCACUUGUUGUGAAACAGUAUGAUGUGUGGAUUGUGAAUUCACUGUUUUAAUCUAUGAUCACUGAGUGUAAAUAGUAUGUUUUAAUAUGUUUGCAUUGAUCUCUUCAAAUCUCCAACUUAUCCAAAUUUCACAACAAUUACCUUAACGUUAAUUAUAACCUCAACCCAACUAUAGCACUAACCUUAACCCUAAAACCAUGUGUACACCCCCUAAAUUUGUCACUUUAAAGACAUAA